AUGGCAAGGUCGAAACAAGCUUCAGAAAAGUCUUCUUAGUAAAACUUUCACAAAAAUGAUGGAGGAAUGAGCUAACAUAGUUUGAUAUCAUCAUCCUCAUCUUAAGCACAUAGAGUAAAGCAGUAAGACAUAUUGGCAGAUUUCCAAGACGAGGAGGACGAGUUGUUAUUGUCAAAAUAGCUUAAAGGACAUGGACAGAACUUCCCAAAGGCUAAGAAUCUUAAUGAGACUCAUUCCUCGCAGCAUAGCUAUAAAAACAAUGAUAAUGUAAACUCCAGUCAGAGUAACAAUAACCAAAGACGUUAGGUAAAUGUUUUAUCAACUAAUAAGCAAAAGAACGUCAACUCCUUUUCAAAUCAGUACCAAAACGUCAACCAUCACCAGUACUAGCAUCAUACUAACAAUCAACAUCUCAACAUUAACAACGAAAUGAACCAGACUAACUCUAACUAUUAACUGCCCCACCUGACUUAGAACUAUGAGAAUGACAUGUCUCUGGGACAGCUAAUUAACAACACAUCAAUACCGUUUGACAAUCAAAACACUUUCUAUCAACAGAGAAUGAUGAACAACUAAAUGACUCUGAAUAGUGUGGGUGGGGGUAUAAGUGUAGGUGGGAUCAUAGGAAUGCGAUAGGAUGAGCUUCUGAGCAUUUCAGGGGCUAGUCAAUCUUUCGCUAGAGAUAACUACCACAGACAUGAUAGUGGAGAGAACUAUGACAAUGAUGAUGAUUCAGAUCCCAACAGAUCAAUCUCAGCUCAUGAUGUAUAAGAUCAGUUCAAAGAUAUCAGGUAGGAAUUGGAGAAGGUCAGGAAGGCGAAGAAACAAAUGAAAAAGUUUAUGGUUGAACAGAACAACUCGAUAAUUGACGAUAGUAGGUUCAUGCAGGAUAAUAUGAGUCAAAGUGAGGAUUUUAAUCCAAGUGCAAUUGAGAAGAAGUACAAGUUCCUAAUGCAGGGCUAAGUAUUCAAGACACUAGACGCUCCUAAUAUCAAUAACCAAGAUUUAAAUCCAGUCAUAGCAAAGAAUGGAAUACCAGCAGGGAUGGUCACAUCCACGAAUAUCCUGGAACUUAACAAUAAACUGAUAGAGGAAACUUACUUCCUCAGCAAAAAGAGAGAGUAUGUGUAGCUGCACAUGGAGGAAUCAGAUCUUUCCAUCCUGGACAUAGAUAAGAUCAAGGACAUCAAUGGGUUAGUAGCUCAUAAGAGAAAGUAUAGCAACUUGGGAGGAGGUCUGGGAAAUCCUCUAACUGAUAUAAGCAAUUAAGGAGAAGAUAGACAAGAUGAGUUGGCCACUAACAUCGACAUCCAGCUAAUCACGAAUCAUGACAGGCUUUAGGUCACCAUUCCAAACUACGAUAAUCACUCAAGACUAUACUUUGAAAAUCCAGAUGGGUUUGCAUAGAACUAAGAGAUAAGACUUAAUCAAAGGAAGGUGUUUACUAAGGUGACUGAGGAGAAAAGUGUAGAGUUCGAGAAGAGACUGUUCCAUCAGUUUGCUAGAAUGAAUCAGAGCGAGUAGGUUGACAUGAUUGGUAAGAUUGUGCCUUAGUUUGCAGACUGCCUUAGAGAUCUACAGCAAUUUAAACUCAAAUACCAAGUGCUCUUAGACAGGGUCAAGAAGCUAUCACCGUUGCCACUUAAAUAAGCCUUGGCAUAGGAUCGCGUACUAGAAUCAUUAGGCAUUCUUAAUGAUCUUCAAAAAGGAGAUCAGGUCCCUUAACUUUAGUAAUAGCAAACCUUGUCAGGUACCAACGCAUAAAGAGAAUAGAGAGACAAUGUGAGAAGGAGUUAGAAUGAUAGUUUGAAGUAGAAAACAACUAAAGACGAUGAAAGCAUCAGAGAGAUCCAAAGAAUCAAGGAACAGCUGGGUGGGGCUGAACAAAAACUUAAAGAUGCCUAGCUAUCAAGGCUCUAGGAGAAAGUAAAGGGAUUCGCUUAGACUGAGAAAUAGCUGAGAUAGCAACUAAAUGAAGUAGAGUCAAGAGACGAGAGCUUAAUUUCAAAGAUUGAGAGUGCUGUCUGCUUUGGAAAGGUAAUGCUCUCUCUUAAGCCAGUUGUGGUUAGAUCUAUGGUCAGCAUUUAAUCUAGUGUCUAGUAUAAUGCUAUAGAUAAGCAAUUCUAAGUCGAGAGUGUUAAAAGUGGGGCAAACAGUUCAAGUAACCUCAAGAAAGAAAAGGAAAUGGGCUUAAUUGAUAGGAUUGACAAUUCCAUUUCCUCCAUACUAGAGCAAGAAUUCAAUGAACUGUAUAAUGAACUUAAAAGCUACAAACUGAAUCUUCAAUCUAAGUUUUGCUUAUUAACCGAUGAGCACAUCUAUUUCUACUCAGAUAUAUACAUGCUACAGGAACUAUACAAAUUCCAUCUGUCAACUCUGGACUUCAUAGACCUAGGCAUCGUACUUCAGAACAACUAGGUGAACAAACGAGUGUUCUUUAUGAAGAUGAUUCAUCAGAAUCUGGAGGAGAAACAAAGAGAGGUUUACUUGAUUAGUGUGUACGAAGAUUAGAUUUACAAGUGGGAUAAUACCCUCGAACCACAAGACGACAUUAAGUAUCAGGACAGAACCUUCUAAAUCAUCAAGAGUAGACUAUUGAAGGUGGGAAUGAAUUAAUUUAGAGGGAAAGACGAUUAAUUCGAUGAAGAUGAUGGAGGUCAUUCUGAUAGCGGCUCUCAGUUGCAAAGAUAAGAUGGAGAAGUCUAGAGGUAUAAAUAGGGGUCUUAUUAUAAAUCAGGAAGAAUGAAGAAUAACAGAAAGGCUACAAUAUUGAUUGAUGACAAUAAUGAAAGCUCCCCUGAGGGAGGAUAGAGGAAUAACCCUUACAGUGAUAAUGAAAACGGAGAGUUGUAAUCUUUAGAGAGAUAGUUUCAUGAUAACUUGAAAAAUCAAACUCGCAGACUGGAGGAAGUGGGCUUGAAUGUGGAACAUCCUCUUAAUAACUAGAACGAGCGAAACCCUCUUCAUUUCUAGGAUAUCAGUGGCACUGAGGAUCUGCAAAAGGCAAUGGAUGAUCUCAAUGAUAAGGUGCAGCAAAAGAUUAAGCAGAAGGUUCAGUAGCAGUAGAAGGAGGAAAGAGAUCGAAGUAUUGAGCAACAGAAGCGUAAGUUGGAAAAGUAACAGAUUUAACUUGAAUACAUCAAAGCAUUUAAAGUGCUAGCAAUCGGUACAACAUUUUUGAAAUAUGGAGCGAUGGGAUAGCCAAAGUACAGGCAUAUAUUCUUGUCAGAAAAUGGAAAAAUACUUUGCUGGAAAGACCCAGGUGCUUAGAAAUCUAAAAGCCAGAUACUUAUCAAGGAUAUCCAGAAGAUAACUCAUGGCAGAGACACGAAGAAAUUCAAGAGAUUCAAAAAUACCACAGAGCAAUAACUUCUAGUUUCAUUCUCGAUUCACACGAAGAAGAGAACAUUAGAUCUUGAGGCAGCCAACUUAAAAGAUAAAGAAGAGUUCCUAUCAAAUCUUAACGUAACUAUGAAACUUAUCAAUGACCCUAAGAUCAGCCAAAUCAAGAAAAUACAGCAGAUUUGA